UAUUUUGUUUUAGAAAUUAAAAAACCACAGAAUUUUAGAGUUCUUAUCAGAACCAGAUACUGUACCGUAAGAGUACAAUUUAAAUAUCAACUGCCUGAUUAAUUUAUGAACUUCAUAAUUUCGUUGCAACAUUUUUUCUGCAUAAACAAAAGAAAAGGCAGAUAUUUGAUGAAACAUGAGCACCAAUGGAAUAGAUGUUGAAGAAGUGAGAGAAGUAUUUGAUUUGUACGAUUUUUGGGACGGUCGUGAUGGUUUGAUAGAUGCUGAAAAGGUUGGCGACCUCUUACGGUGUUGUGGAUAUAACCCGACAGAAUCUUUUGUUAAGAAAGUUGGAGGAACCAAAAAGGCUGGAGAAAAACAGUUUUCUUUCGAAGAAUUCAUUCCAAUAGUUAAAGCAAUAGAAAAAGAAAAAGACACUGGAACAAUACAAGAUUUUAUGGAGGCAUUUAAGUCGUUUGACAGAGAAGGCAUGGGAUUUAUCUCCCUUGGUGAAAUGAGACACAUGCUAACAGCCAUGGGAGAUAGGUUACAAGACGAGGAGAUAGACGAAAUUUUGCUUGAAACUGAUGUACAAGAAGAUUUAGAUGGGAACAUUAAAUUCGAAGAUUUCAUCAAGAAAGUAUUAGAAGGACCUCCAGAGAAAAGUUCCAAAACUUAGUGGAAAUUAUUGAAACCUGAGGAUUUUUUCUACCAAUUCAAUAUAUUUUUAUUAUGGCAUAUAUAUGAUACGUAUGAUUAGUGUC